CUCACCCAGCACAAUUAGCACUAUUCCAUGGCGAUCCCAUUCGUCAAGCUCCCACUUCUCCUUCCUCUGAAUCAUCCCGCUCAUCCUCUCCUCCCUCUCCAUCCUUCUCCAUCUCUCUUCCUAUUUACUCCAAAACCCCACCUUCUUCUUUGCAAACCUAAUCAUCUCCAUCGCUCCAAAGCAAACGCCAAAGACAACUCCUACCUCACCUCCCUUCUCUCCGACCUCCAAGACCGCGCCGCUGAAGAGCUCGAAACCAGAUUCUGCCCUCCCCCUCCCCACGAACGUCUUCCUUCCCGAUGGCCGGAGAUCCACGGCAGCAAAAACUGGUCCGGCCUUCUCGACCCCAUCGACCCUCUUCUCCGAUCUGAGCUCCUGCGCUACGGCGACUUGACCGAAGCCGUCAACGACGCCUUCGACUCCCACCCCUACUCCCGCUACUGCGGCAGCUCCAAGUACCCUAUGGACAGCUUCUUCUUCGACCUCGGCAUGGACUCCUGCGGCUACCAAGUCUCCCGCUUCAUCUACGCCACCUCCAACAUCGAAAUCCCCGAUUUCUUCUUCCGAUCUCACGCAGAUAAAACAUGGAGCGAGAAGGCCAACUAUAUCGGCUACGUUGCUGUCUCCUCGGACGCUACCACUGCCCUUAUUGGCCGCCGCGACAUCAUCAUCGCCUGGCGCGGCACAGUGACCAAUAUCGAAUGGGUCUCAGAUUUCAUGGAUAUCUUACGCCCUGUCUCAUCAGUGGGCAUCCCUUGCCCAGACCCCGACGUCAAGGUUGAAACGGGCUUCAUAGAUUUGUACACAGACAAGGAUACUUCCUGCCAGUUCUGCAAGUACUCUGCUCGGGAGCAGGUACUCGCUGAGGUGAAGAAGCUCAUAGACCUCUAUGCAGUUAAAAAUGGAGAAGAAGUGAGCAUCUCGGUGAUCGGUCAUAGCCUCGGCAGUGCGCUGGCCGUGCUCAGCGCGUACGAUAUUGCCGAGACCGGAGUGAACGGAGGGAAGAAGGUGUGUGUGUUCUCAUUCGCGGGACCAAGGGUUGGGAACAGGAAGUUCAAGAACAGGUUUGAAGGGUUAGGGGUGAAGGCAUUGAGAGUGGUGAAUAUUCAUGACAGGGUUCCAAAGGUGCCGGGGGUUUUUAUCAACGAAAAUGUGCCGAAGUUUCUGCAGUGGUUGGCCGAUGGCCUGCCAUGGAACUACUGCCAUGUUAGGCUAGAGCUGGAGCUGGAUCACAAGAACUCGCCGUGGCUCAAAGAAACUAUGGAUGAAGGUUGCUGCCAUAACCUCGAGGCUCAUCUCCACCUUCUUGACGGGUACCAUGGGAAAGGACAAAAUUUUGAGCUAGCAACCGGAAGAGAUCCAGCGCUAGUUAACAAACAUUCUGAUUUCCUGGAGGACUGUCUCUUGAUUCCACCGAAUUGGUGGCAAGAUUUGAACAAGGGAUUGGUUAAAAAUCACGGCAGGUGGAUGCAACCAGUGAGGCCAAAGAUUGAUGAGCAUCCUCCGGACACGCAGCAUCAUCUCACAAAACUUGGGUUUUAA